AUGACAUGUGAUGCAUGUCAAUACAACACAGAAAAUGCAGACAGUUUUAAAUUUGUAAACAAAUACGGUAUACACUUCAUGUGGUACCCUGCUACAUUUUCACAAUCAAGACUAGGAAAUAAAAAUUCAAAAGGAAGUAAUGCGUGUACUCUUAUAGCUCUACUCAUGGCUACAAACAUAAAUACAUCAAAAAUCCGAGUAAAUUGCUUGUUCAUACCACCGGCAAAAGACAGCCUCACUAAAUUGUUUUCAGAUGCAAUUCUAAAUGGUAAUGUAAUCCACCAAAAUUUAUUCAAAAACAGCAGUUCAUCUCAGAACACAAACCUAACCGUGCCAGAAGCAAUGAAAGCAGGAGAAUCAUCACUGGGCACCAUGACUGAAUGGAAAAGUUCAGUUUAUUUUAACAAUAUGAUAAUCAACUUGUAUGCAGAGAUGAACCGCUAUGUAAUAGAAUGGUACACAAACCCCCCGUGUUGUCAACCAAACAAUCUUUACAUAGUUCUUAUUGCUCACAACAAAGCAAUUUUAAUAGUAAUACAAUUAGAUAUGAACUCGGUAUUACUUAUUGAUUCUCAUCAACAUUCAUCACAUGGAGCUUUGAUUUGUCAAUGUCGAAUAUCAAAAUUGGAAAACCUUUGUUCGUGGUAUGCAAAAAUGUUGUGCAAUUCAGCCGGGUCGAAUCCAGAUGCAUACGAACUUAGUUUUUUAUAUUACAAGUGUGAAAAACAAAACAAUAAAAACACUAUUUGA